GUAAUAAUCUAGUUAUCUGAAAGUUAGACUUAUGCAAACUUCACCUUCUGGAAUGCUGCCCCAUAAAGGGAAUAAGUUUAAAAGAAAAAAAGAAAGACUUUAGAGGUCAGAAAACACCUGCACUAAAGCCAUGAACAGGAAUCAUUCAAAGAUAAUGGUGCUGGAGAAAAGCCUCAGAAGAAAUCCAACUAUAAGAGAGACCAAAAGUCUCUGUAGAAGCUGAAAUCCAUCAAUCACCGUUCUUCAAAAUGCAAUGGAAUGUACCAAGGACUGUACUCCAACUGGCACAUAGGACAUGCAUGGAACCGCAUAAAGCUGGUCUUUUUGGACACUGUGAAAACAUAAAGGGACCAUUACUUUUGUGUAAAGCUGAAUCCAGGGUAGUUUUGGUACAGGGCCCUCAAAAACAAUGGUUGCACUUAUCUGCUGCCCAGUGUGGUGCAAAGGAAAGGAAGCCAUUCGAUGUUCAUCCACCUCAACUGGGGAUCCUUCACCGUAAACAGUGGGAGCAAGAUAUUUUAUCCAAGAGGGUUAUAUCGUCCAAUGCCUCAUCUCCAAAAAAGGAAGAACCUGAUCCUUUACAAGAUAAAUCUAUUAGUCUUUAUCAACGGUUUAAGAAAACAUUUAGACAAUAUGGAAAAGUUUUGAUUCCAGUGCAUCUAAUAACUUCUGGUGUUUGGUUCGGAACAUUUUAUUAUGCAGCCAUAAAAGGAGUGAAUGUCGUUCCUUUUCUAGAACUUAUUGGGUUACCUGACAGCAUAGUAAACAUUCUGAAAAAUUCUCAAAGUGGAAAUGCACUAACAGCAUAUGCCUUGUUUAAGCUGAAGGGUGGCAAGAAGGUGAGAGAGUUAAUCAGGCAGCUGUACUGGAGAAGAGCAUUCCAAGGAGGAGAAACCCAGAUUGCAACACCUGCCCGAUACACCGUGACUUUGGGAGGAACCUCCUUCACUGUGAAGUAUUUGCGUAGCCAUGGUUACAUGUCGACACCGCCUCCUGUUAAGGAGUAUCUACAGGACAGGAUGGAAGAGACAAAGGAGCUUCUCACAGAGAAAAUGGAAGAAACAAAGGAUAGACUCACUGAAAAAUUACAAGAAACCAAAGAAAAAGUUUCUUUUAAGAAAAAAGUGGAAUAGGGUGCCUUAUAUAAUAGAUUAUAGACAAUUCUUGCACUUUAACCCUUUGGAGACUAUGGAGAAUGAUACAUGGCUUCUGAUUAUUUUUUUGGUUAGUUGCCUAAAUAUACCAGUUCUCUGAGGGUUAAAGAACUAAGAUUCCUUUUUAACAUUAAAUAUCACUAGGAAAAUCACUGUUUUUUGAAAAGAAAAAAUGAACCCAGUAUAAGAAUUUCACAUCAGGAGCAGCAUAAGCAGUAGUUGUAAGUCUGCGCUCUUUUUCAGGGCCAGCAGAAUCAUACUUGCUGUGUGUUAUGUUGCAGCUCUAAUUUAUGCAGGUGAGGCCAUUGAUGCCUUGAUUAACUGAGGUGGCCCUCGGGAGGAUGUUACCACUGGUCUUCAACUUAAUGUUAUUCACCAAGGUUUUAGCUAUAUUCAGUUCUCAAUGUGGAGACCAACUAUUAUCAUCAAAACUGCCUGUGCAUAAGAGGAUAUUUAGUCUUUCUAUAUAAAACAGUUACAUACCAGUAAAAAUACAGACUUUAUAUGAAGAAAGCUGAAUAAAAAUGGAGUCAUAUAUAUGUAAAUAAGAUGUAUUGGUUAUAUGUAAAUGAAAAAAUUGACCCUUUAAAAAUGAUUUUUACCUGAAGCUUGUCAUAAUCAAUUUUUUUAAGCAAAUAUAUAUGGCUAUAGUAUCUUUUCACCUAGAACAUGAGAAAACUCUACUGUGAAUCAUUUGUGGCCUCUUCAGUUAAUCUUUCAGAGGAAUAGUGAAAAUAAUUAUACCUUAGAUUUAUUGUUGAAAUCAAAUAUUCUUGAGCAGCAACUUAAGCUGUGGUUCUCGAGCAGAUACAGGUUUGGGAGGAUGGCAAAUGGCAUCAGGUUGUCAGGGAGCUGACUUUCCCAGCGUCUUCCUUCCACAGUUAAUGUUGGUUUCAUUACAGAGUACAUUUUGAAUUGUAGCUGCUGCUUUUUCCCUUAUAUUGAAAAAUCCUUGCUUGAGCAUUUUACUUGAAUUUUUUUUUGUAGCAAAGCUAUCAUUAAAUUAUCUGCUUGGAAUUAAAUUCAGCCAUUGUCGGGUACGAAAGUUGC